AUGUCUUUGACGGCCUCAGAGUUGUCUUUCCUCCGGUUAUUAGAGCGGACGAAAAAGCUUGCCAGGGAGGACCUGGCUGAAAAUGUGUGGAAGGUUAACGCGGCUGUGCUAUAUCUCGAAAACCUUUACAGUAGACUCCAGGACGAAAAGACGCUUCAUAAUGGCGAUUUGCUAAUGCAGUACGGCCGUGAACUUAAUCAGAUGAAACUGCUUGUGGAAGCUGAGAGAUGCGUAAGUUCACGGCUCAUUCUAACCUCAAUAGUAGCAUUCUUUAUUCCACUGCCUUGGUCAUGGAUGUUAGUAGAGAAAAAGUCCGCUGAAGAGAAACUUUCGCAACUGGACCUGAUUCCACGACGGUUCCCCGACACUGGUAUUGAGCUGCACUCUAGUAAUACGUCAAGUAAGGGUUGUUUGUUUUUUUCUCGUAAGCUUGAGCCUAACUCGACUCGUGGUGAAUUUUUAGAACCAGCUUCCUACCGGCCCUUGGAGACAGUGUCCGAAGUUCGUGUUCGUAAUCGAGCCGUUUAUCGUGCGGAUUUACGUAAGCAGCUGUUGGGAGAGGAGAAGCAAAGAAGGCAGAAUGCUUCUGCUUCGGAUGAUCUGGUACAACAUGAAGAGAAGCAGGAGAGCAUUGCUAAUGAACUUCUAUCGUUGACCCGUUCACUAAAACAGAACAUGACUGUUGCUGGGAACGUACUGAAGGACGACAACAAAAGGUUGUCUUCGAUGCACGCUCAAGUGGACGCCAACACGGCGCAGUUAAAAACAGAAGGGACACGGCUUGCUCAUCACGCCUAUAAAUGUGGCUUCGACUGUGCUCUGGUGUUCGUGGCGCUCUUCAUUUUCUGGUCGUUUAUUUGUAUGGUUGUUGUUAUGAAAAUCUUUCCAAAAAGGGUUACCUCUUAG